UCUCUCUCUCUGAGCAGAAGCAGCAUCCCAUAGGCUAAUCAGGUGGUAGUUUCAAUCCAGCCUCAGCAUCCUCCUCCUCCUCCCAGCAGAGGAAAGCCCGACAGCCGGUGUGUGCGAGGUGUUUGCGUCCGCUACCAUGGUGGAAAUUACGGAUAUCGUGUGCCUUCUCGUCCCGCUGGCGAUGCUGGCCGGCUCUACCUUCCAGACCGACGUGAAGAGCGUCAAGGAGGCGGAAAAAACGGGGAAUUUCAUGGAAGACGAGCAGUGGCUGUCCACCAUUUCACAGUACAGCCGCAAGAUCAAGCACUGGAAUCGCUUCAGAGAUGAUGAUUACGUGCGUACUUGGGAUGAAAAUCAAGGUUCCAAUGACAAUGUGGACACCACCAAGGACCCCUGUCAAAAGGUUAAGUGCAGCCGACACAAGGUGUGUAUCGCCCAGGGCUACCAGCGAGCUGUCUGCGUCAACCGCAAGAAGCUCGAACACAGACUGAAGCAGCCUGUGCUCAGGUCUCCUGAUGGAAACUGUCAGCCCUGUCCCAUCUCCUCCACUGGGCCUGUGUGUGGGUCAGACGGACACAACUACGCCUCAAAGUGCAAGCUGGAGCAGCAGGCGUGUCUUACAGGGAAGGAACUGACCCUCAAGUGUUCAGGUCUGUGUCCUUGUCCAACUGCUGCCCCGACACCCAAGGAGAGUAAACAAGAGAGCUGUACCGGGCAGGAUCUGGCUGAUCUCGGCGAGCGUCUCAGGGACUGGUUCCAGCUACUGCAGAACAAUGCCAAGCAGAACAACAACAGCAAGCCGGGGGCCCAGGCCACUGCAGCCAGCACUACAUCAGUGCUGGACAGGAGCCUGGUGGCCAGCUGUAAGGACUCCAUAGGCUGGAUGUUUUCCAAGCUGGACACCAACAGCGACCUUUACCUGGAUCAGGCUGAGCUGGCCGCCAUCAACCUGGACAAGUACGAGAUCUGCAUUCGGCCCUUCUUCAACUCCUGCGACUCCUACAGGGACGGCAAGGUCUCCACCGCUGAAUGGUGCCUCUGCUUCUGGAGAGAGAAACCACCCUGCCUGGCUGAACUCGAGAGGAUCCAAGUACUAGAUGGCGGCAAGAGAAAGUUCGGCCGAUUCAUUCCCAGCUGCGAUGAAGACGGCUACUACAGGAAGCAGCAGUGUGACAGGGGAGAGUGCUGGUGUGUGGACCAAAACGGAGGAGAAGUAGCCGGAUCUAGGAUUCGUGGCAAGCCAGAUUGCGAUUAUGAAAUGGCAUAUUCAGGUGAUUUUGGCAGCGGGGUCGGAUGGGAAGAUGAAGAAGAGAAAGAAGCCGAGGAGACUGCAGAGGAGGCCGAGGAGGAGGAGGGAGAGGUGGGAGAGGUGGAUGAUGGGGGAUAUAUCUGGUAAAGGGCCAACGUGUAAUCCAACCUCUCUACAGGAGCAACUCGACAGCCCCAAACACAAUCACACACACGCACACACACACACACACACACACACACACACACACACAUACACACACACACACAGAUCCUGCGAGGAGAUGGACGUGAAGAGGCGCUCACACUCAGAACAACACCUGGCUCAUGAGAAAGCGAGGGAGAAGGGGUCGCACGGGUUUGGGAGGGCGAAGCUGCAUAUGCUAUGGGAGUAUUUAAUGUUACAAAUGGGCAAGGGAGGGGGAGAUAUCACUGUAAAGAAAUUAUGGGUCUGGAGUCAAGAAUUUUGUCCUUCAUACUUGUGAAUCUUUGUUCUCUUCUGUUGUUUGUCCUUUGAACUAUCUUUGAGCAGUUUUUAGCUGAUGCAUAUUGGAGGCUUUAAGAAGCUGCAGGUGCUUGUCAUGUGCUUGCAUAAAAAAAAUAAUGGAGCAAUGCGGGGAGCAUUUCAGUAGUCCAAAUUGGCCUCUUUCAUCUUUUUCCAUUUGCAGAUUGACAACAUUUAUCUAACCAGUUUAGGUUGCAGGGCAGGAAACUGGGAAUAAAGAGAAGAGGAAGCCGCAUUGGAAUACUGAAAAUCGUCCUUUGAAUUUACCGUUUUCAUGUCAUAUGCUUCAGCUCAUAUGUGACAGUAGUGCUCUGUCUCAUUCAUGACUUAUGAAGAAAAAGUUUCUCACGCAUCACUCUUUAGCUUGUAUAUACUGUGUGUACCAGAAGACAGAAUGUCACCUAUUAGUCUCGUAAUCAAUGCCUUGAAAGACGAGCAGAAUAUACUGCUUCGUUGACAAGUGUACAUCGUAUCAUAAUGUGGAUCAAUUAUUGUGUUUAAUAAAAAAAAUGAAAUAAAAUAAACUUAUCUAUGUGGCCCAGCCGGCCACCGUACA